GACAAGGGAGAGGAUGUGAUGUGCCGUCGCUCGCUCGGCCUUUAGUGACUCCUGAGAAACACGUCGACGCAGAAAAGACGGACCAGGAUAUUUUCGACUACAUUUGUACUAAGAGUGAUUUUCUCGAUGUGGGAUCAUGGGCGUUCCUGCGGCCUUGUGACACAUUACUAUGAGCUCAGUGAACCAACCAGAUGAAUAUUUGCCAUUUAUUGAGGGCGUGUAAAACGACUGCCUCAUGAAAUCACUGAUUCUGGACAAUAGACAAAACAAAAGACCGAGAUUAGAUGGACCCACAUGCCGAGCCCUUCAGCAGCUGAGGGGCGCCGUAGAGCAGGAUUCCAUGGCUCCCUCCGUCGGGUGCGUGCGCGAGGGGAACGGAGGAGCGAGGGGAGGACGCCCCUUGGUCACCCGCCUCUCCUACAGCCACCACACCCACCUCCUGACCUUGGCUGACCUGCUCGACGGGUGCCCCAAGGUCGAACCUCUCCGUUACCAGGAUACCAAAGAGAAUAUCAUAUCAAAACACCGUGCUGGGGAGGCCUUCACCAUGUGUCGGCUCCUCGUCGGCUGCAGUGACCAGGAGAACACCAUAGAGCUGGAGAAGUUCACCCCAACGGCACUGCACGUGGCCUGCCUGCUGCCCCAGCCAGGUCCCCUCAUCAGUAAGCUGGUCAGAUCGGGAGUUUCUGUCAAAGAAGUCAAUUCCUUCGGCCAGACUCCACUGCACACGGCCUUGCUAGGUGAUGUGAGGAGUUCCAGCUUAAUAGAGGCUUUAGAGGCACUGAUAGCUAAUGGUGCUGAUGUGAAUGCAAGAGACAACUCUGGCGAAACACCCCUGCACUGUGUGCGGAAUCUAUUGAGGGAGGGACUGUACGAGAGGGCGGCGGAGGUUGCGCAUACACUGCUAGUCGCUGGUGCACAUAUUGAUGCUGCGAAUAACAAGGGUCGAACGUUAUUGACAUAUAGCGUAGAGUACCUGGACGAUGCUCUUGCACUCACAAGGACCUUGGUCAACCACGGCUCAUGUGUUUGGGGAGCAGCAGAUGGCAGGGACAAAGAUCAAAGUGUCUUUGCUUGGUUCCUUAAGGCUGUGAUUUCUCAUCAGAGGCUUGAAAAUUGUUCAAGUACAGUUACUAUAAUCUCACAGUUGAUGGCAGCGGAUCCAAGAAGAAUGCAUCAACAUAUUCUUAGAACCAUGUUUAGACAAUCUAGGUGUUAUCAUAUUCUGGGCCCCCUGUUCCUGGAGCUCAAGACACUAAUGAUGCCCCACUGGACGCAACCCGCAAGCCUCUCGUUCCUCUGCUGGCAGACGAUCCGCAGAUCACUCACACCAAAGAGAAUACACUCGGGAACGCCCCAGCUGGGUCUUCCGCCUCCUCUCCAGUCUUAUAUCCUACUAGAAGAACCUGGAUUCUGUUCAUAGUUGCUAAAAUAUUAAUAAGAGUUAAUAAUAAUAAUAAUAAUAAUAAUCGUAAUAAUAUUGAAUUCCAUUAGAAAGACUUGGAGUCUUUUUUUUUUUUUUUUUUCGAAUUCCAGUUCCAAGUGGACGAACUCCAGCACAGAAGAUUAUGUUUAUAAUUAACUCAAGAAAAACUUAUUAGGGACAGGCUCGGAAUGUAUAUAAGUGCUUAUAGGAGAACUUAGUGAUCCUCAAGUGCUCUGUCUCUUUUGGAGAUGUGACUUAAAAUCUCCUGGCUGUGUUAACUCCUAUAGGAGAGUCAUGUAUGUGUGUGUAAUGAUGCUUACUGUGUGAGAGCUUAUAUUUUUUCUAUGAAGUAUGUCAGGAUGAUCUUUCCUUCAAAGAAGCCAUAAAGAGAUAUUAUGGAUUUGAUUUUUUUUUUCUUUCUUUUAUUUUUAAUGAUUUUACCUACUAGGUCUUUCAUUUGCAAAGUCUCAAUUCAGUUUCAUGUUCCUCUUACACAGAGGUGUGUGUAUGUGUGUAUAUAUAUCAUAGUCUUUAAUGCUCAUUCUUUACCUUCUUGAUAUAAGUAACAGCAUAGAAAAUAUAGAGCAGGGUUUAUGCUUGCCAGCACUAUUGUGCCUUACAUUAUAAUGUUAGCAGUGUAUUGGAAGACCAAUUUUCUAGGAGAGAACUUUUUUUUUCUUCCUUUUUUUUCAAAGAAUAUUAUUUCCCUUUCUCGGAGACUUAUGUUGAUGACAGAUUUGCCUCAAGAGUCUUCCUUUACUCCAGAGAAACUACUGUACAAUAUACUUUCUAGUGAUUUAUCCUCCCAAACAAACCCCACAGGAGAGAGAGCCUUUUCCUAUCGUUUUCCACAUAGGUGGUUGGAACGGUUAACAUUCGCACAUCACCAAACAAGUGCCAAACAAUUAAAGUGGUGUCUUUUGUAUUUCAAUGUCAGAGUUUUUUGUAUUGUGAGCCAUGUACUAAGUACCCCAGAAUUGUAAGCAUAGGCAUGGCAUGUAUAUGUGUUUGUGUGUGUCAAAUUUUAAUUAGAGCUCCUCAAAAGGUCACAAGUUGUUAUAAGUCAUCACUAUUUAGAUGUUAUCACAGUGUUACAACAAGCCACCGGUUACAAGCUCAAUUUUCUUGAUGGAAUUUAAGAUGCACGCUUUUUCUCAGUUUUCUUGAUGAGAUAUGAAAUGCAUGCUUUUCUCAAUAUUCUAGAUGGAUUAUAAAAUGUGUUUUUUCUCAGUUUUCUUCAUGGAGUAUAAACUAUUUUUUUGUUUUUGUUUUUAUCAACAGGAGAGAUUCACUCAUAAAUAACUAUUUUCUUUUGCUUAAUGAUAAUUACAUUCAGAAUAAGGCUAAACUUGCUGUUUGCAGUUUUCUUCAUAAGGUAAAUGUGCUUGUCACUGCUUUGGGGAGUUUAGGAGAAAAACUUUUUUUUUUUAAGUAUAGUAUGGAGGAAGCUGGUAAGAAUUCAUUAUUCCCCCACCCAAAAAAAAGCUGCCCCAUAAUAUUUAUUUCGAGAAAAUAUUAUCAAAUGAAAGAUAAUGAUGGACAGGUACUUAGAGACAAAGGAAUGGACCACUUUUGACACAGACCUGGUUUGUGACAGGCUAUCUAAAUUGCAAAAUCCUCUUUGAAAUUAUAUAUUUCGUACACAGUCUCAUACGCUUUCAUUAGUUAUUGUAUAUCUUCCUUUCCCAAAAGAAUACUUCCAGUAGAAUAUUCUUGCAGGUAUCCAAUAAGGAAAAAAAGAGUUUUGCCAAUUCUAACCUUCUGUGAACAUAGCUUCAUCUUUUAUAUACUUUACACCCCCCCUCCCCCAUUAACUUAAAGGGUUCAAUAUUCCAAGACACGUUUCCCCAAAAGGUCCGUAGAAGAAAGGCAGGUGAUAUAAGCAUUACUCAGGAUUUCCGUAAGGUCGUUCCCGUUGUCACGAAUGGGAGAAAAUGAACAGUACUGAAUUUAUCAGAGUUCUCUAAGUCGCGGUGAUUGCUUUAUUAUGGUGUAUUUGAUGUUUGUUCUUAUCCACAGUAAUUCCUCAACAAUACUCAGGUGUCAUGACUCAUUGUGAAUCAUAAUUCAUUUAUUCUUGCCCAAUCAAGUCCAUUUUUUUUUUUUUUUCUUCUUCUUGUACUUAGUUGAAUUUGAAGUAGUUUGUGUAGGCAUUCUAUGAUUGUGAGCAAGGGGAACUGGCUGUCUGAUUUGUGUAAAAUACUGUGCAAAAGAAGAAGUAUGUCGAUUGCAGUGCAGGGAUUCUCCCCUCACUAUAGCUACGGGAAUAUGGUAACUCAUGUGAACGAUUCCAAAAGAAUGUGAAUAUUUGAAAACAUAUAUUUUUUUUAAUGGAUAAUAAUAGCGAAACUAAAACUAGUUCCUUUUACGAUAACCGAAAAGAAAAAUAUAGAAACACCUAGUAGCCCACCGUGGCACAACGACUAGUCAAGGUUACCAACAGUUCUAGAAAUCAGUGUGUAUUUAGAAUCAGUGACAAGUGACACACUGGACCUAGUUUUCACACAUAACUAGAGUCCAGGACUUGACUUCUAUGCGACAAAGAUUCCAGUGAGUGUGUAUAUAACUGGUGAUGGUAUUAGACUGAAUUUUUUGCUGACAAAAAUCUGACUCGGUGAAUACAGAAAGUGACAGUACCUGAUUAACAGAAUAUGUCACACGGCCCCACAAACAAAUGUACUUUGUGAUAUGACUAAAACUUUAAGAAAACUAUGAUGACAGGACUUAAUACAGAAACUGCAUAUUGGGUCCUGGAAUAUAGUAGGUGACUGUGUGACUGACAGAGACCUAGAGACAUUUCAGUGAGAGUAACAUUUGAUUUCUAGUGUGUAGUUAACAGGAAAAUUUAAAAAACGAAUUAUCAGUAACUGGUUGACAGAGACAGCUUGUAGUGAGUGUAUGUGAGUGCAUAAGUGUAUAAUAAAUGCCUUGACACGAAGAACAAGUAAUAACUACUUGAUCAAGUGAAUACAUUCAUAUCAUGGAAUCACAAUUGGUGGAAGCUGUUACCUAGGAGGUAUUUUAUUGUAUGCAUGUUGUGAGAGGUGAGUGUGUGUGACCUUCGUCUCCAACUUGAAGACGGCAUUAACCAGUCUACUGGAACACUAUAACACGUCCAAGACACUGUGAAUAUUUUAUAUAAAUUGUGUAACCUUUGCUGACUUACAUGCCAGUCAAAGAGAAGAUAUGUAUAUUUACUUAUAAAAAUAAAGAGCCCAAAGUGCCA